UGAGCAACAAGGAAGCAUGGUAGAACCAACAGAUAAGAGACGUAAAGUUGAGAUUCAGACCACUCCAAAGACCAAGAAAGCUUCUAGAAUAUUCAGUCCUUUCCGAGUCUUGGGGAAUGUAUCUAAUGAAAUUCCAUUUGCAAUAGGUACUUUAGGUUCAACCUUUUAUGUAGUAACUUCAGUUGGAAGAUCUUUUCAAAUUUAUGAUGUGGCUACAUUACAUUUAUUGUUUGUAUCUCAGAAUCAAACUUCAUCUAAAAUUACAGCAUUAGCUGCUCAUUAUCAUUAUGUGUUUGCAUCUUAUUCAAAUCAAAUUGGAAUCUAUAAAAGAGGAAGAUUAGAACAUAGUCUUGAAUGUCCUACAACUAGUUCAAUUAAUAAAUUAUUAGUAUUUGGAGAUUAUUUAGUGGCUGUAUCAGCUAAGGGAGAAACUUUUAUAUUUAAAAAGCCAACAACUAAAUCAGCAGAAUUAUAUUCAACUUUAAAAUUUUCAUUAAAUGAAGAUGUUACUGGAUUAAUUCAUCCUCCAACUUAUCUUAAUAAGAUUGUAUUAACUACCACUACUGAUUUAUAUAUUAUUAAUAUUAGAACUGGUAAAUUAUUAUUCAAAACAAACUUUUCGGAAACUAUUUCUUGUAUUGAAUCAGCUCCAGUUUUAGAUAUUGUAGCUAUUGGAACUUCUACAGGUAAUAUUCAUUUAUAUAACUUAAGAAAAGCUAAAGUUAUUUCAAAAUUCGGAGUAGGUAAUGAAAAUAAAGUGGUUAGUGUAUCAUUUAGAACUGAUGGUUCUAAUCAUUUAGUUGCAGGAUUAAAUAGUGGUGAUUUAUUUUUUUAUGAUUUAAAUAAGAAGUCAAGAAUUCAUGUAUUAAGAAAUGCUCAUAAAGAAAGUUAUGGAGGUAUUGCUAAUGCUAAAUUCUUAAAUGGUCAACCUAUUGUCAUUACUAAUGGAGGUGAUAAUCAUUUAAAAGAAUUUGUAUUUGAUCCAAAUUUAUCAGCUACUAUUGCUGCACCUCCACGUCAUCUCAGAUCUCGUGGUGGCCAUUCAUCACCUCCAACAGCAAUUGAAUUCCCCAAUGAAAAUAAAUCUCAUUUCAUAUAUAGUGCAUCAAGAGAUAAAUCAUUCUGGACUUUUUCAUUAAGAAAAGAUGCUCAAGCUCAAGAAUUUUCUCAAAGAGUUAAACUGAAACAAUCUGUUCGUGAUAAAUUCCCUGAAAUUGUGGCUAUUUCAUCAUCUCAAGCUCGUGAAGGAGAUUGGGAAAAUAUAAUUACUGCUCAUAAAGAUGAAACUUUUGCUAGAACUUGGGAUUCUAGAUCAAAAAGAAUUGGUCGUCAUAAUUUAAAUACUAUUGAUAAUGGUAUUGUUAAAGCCAUUUGUAUUUCUCAAUGUGGAAAUUUUGCUUUAGUUGGAUCUACCGUUGGAGGAAUUGGAGUUUUCAAUUUACAAUCGGGAAAAUUGAGAAAAAGAUAUGUUUUACAUAAAAAGGGGGUCACGGGACUUGCUAUUGAUGGUAUGAAUAGAAUGAUGGUAAGUACUGGAUUAGAUGGAAUUGUGGGAUUCUAUAAUUUUACUGAAUCAAAAUAUUUAGGUAAAUUACAAUUAGAAGCUCCAAUUACUUCUAUGGUUUAUCAUAAAUCAUCUGACUUAAUUGCUUGUGCAUUAGAUGACUUAAGUAUUGUUAUUAUUGAUGUUCUUACUCAAAAAGUGGUUAGAAUUUUAUAUGGACAUACUAAUAGAAUUAUUGGUAUGGAUUUUUCACCAAAUGGUAGAUGGAUAGUAUCUGUUAGUUUAGAUUCAACUUUAAGAACUUGGGAUUUACCAACCGGUGGAUGUAUUGAUGGUAUUAGAUUACCAAGUGUUGCAACCAAUGUUAAAUUCUCACCAAUUGGUGAUUUCUUAGCUACAACUCAUGUAUCAGGAAAUGGUAUAUCACUUUGGACUAAUAGAUCACAAUUUGUACCUGUUUCAACAAGACAUAUUGAAGAAGAAGAAUUUUCAACUACUUUAUUACCUAAUGUAUCUGGUGAUGGUGGUUCUACAUUAUUGGAAGGUGCAUUAGAUAAUGAUAAUGAAGAAGUAGAUGUUAUUCAAAAAUAUGAAUCAGUUAAACAAAUAGAUUCUAAUUUGGUUACUUUAAGUCUUGGUCCAAGAUCUAAAUAUAGUACUUUAAUUCAUUUAGAUACUAUCAAACAACGUAGUAAACCAAAGGAGGCACCUAAGAAACCAGAACAAGCACCAUUUUUCUUAUCAUUAGGUGGAGAAGUAGUAGGUGAUACUGCUAGUGGAUCCAAUGGUAAUGAAAAGAAUCAAAAUUCUAAUGGACAAUCUUCAGAAGAUACAAGUAAAUUACGAGCUUUAAAGGAUAAUGGACAUUCAUUUGAAUCUAAGUUUACUACAUUAUUGAGAGAAGGAGCAGAAGCAGAAGUUAAAGACUAUACAUUCUUCUUACAAUAUAUAUUGGCAGCACCACCAUCAGUAAUUGAUUUAGAAAUUAGAUCAUUAAAUGCUUUCCCUCCAUUAACAGAGUUUACACACUUUGUGGAAGCAUUAACUGCAGGAAUUAAUUCCCAUACUAAUUAUGAUUUAUUCCAAUCAUUAUUUUCAAUGUUCUUAAAGAAUCACGGAGAUGUUAUCCGUAAUUUCAAAGAUGAAAGUGAACUUUCAGAAGCGCUUGAUUUAUGGUAUAAGUCCAAUGAUCCAAGUCACGUUGACGAAUUAGUGAAAUACUGUUCAGGAGUUAUAGGAUUUGUUACGACUGUGUGAGAUACUCCUCCCUAACAAAAAAAAAAUCUUUAGCCAGAAGUCCGGUACAUAAUCUCCAAAUAUCAUCAAAAGUUCCGGCUAAGGCAUAAUGGUUUAAUUAUAAAUAGUUAAUAAGUAGAA